AUGCGUGAGAAAGGGUACAAGGUACAGAUACUGGCUGGAAGCUGUGCGGCGCUGUUUCAGACCACGGUGUCGCAACCGUUUGAGUUCUUGAAGACAGGGUUGCAGCUGAGAGGGGUUGCGCACCCGUUGGAAGGGGCAGCGCAACUGCGGACGUACUUCACUGGUUGUUCCGUGCUGAAUGUAGGGGCCGUGCUGAAAACUUGUCUGAGGUUCCAGGCGUUCGAUUGGGCGUGUGCACUGCUACGGGACCCGGCGGCUCCAGUAGCGUCUCCGCUGGUUGGGCCCAGAAUGCUGCUGGCGAGUGUGCUUACAGGUACCGCAGAAACUGUACUCGUGGUACCCCUGGAGUCCAUUAAGACUACAAUGAUUGAGAAUGCCCUACGGAGGGGGGAGACGGGUCCACCCAUCGGUAGUAAACUGCCCGACUCGGGCCAGUCCAAACCUACUUUCCACUCGGCACGCUCUUCCGGUCCAGCCAUUGCGCUGAAUGAUCGCUGGGCCCCUUACGAUAAGACCCCGUCCGUGGGGCUUCUCGCGAACGUCAAAGAGAUUUACGCCACGAGGGGCGUACGAGGAUACUUCCAGGGGAUGUUUCCUACCAUGUGGAGACAGAUCGGGAACUCGAUGGUCCGUUUCACGACAUAUUCGGUACUGAAACAGACGGUGACGCAGCGCGGGCAACCGAUAAACGAGACGCUUGCGUUCGCGAUGGGGGCACUGUCAUCGCUGGCGGUUGUAACCAUCACACAACCAUUGGAUGUGAUCAAGACGCGGAUGCAGAGUAGACACGCACGCACGGAGUACAGGAACUCGCUUAACUGCUGCUAUCGCAUCUUCGUGCAAGAGGGGAUCACCACUUUUUGGAAGGGUGCAGUCCCAAGACUGUUCAAAGUAGCUCUGUCCGGUGGUAUCUCCUUUGGGAUAUACGAAUACGUGGAGAACCUCGUCUAUGGCUUCCAAAAUGAGGGAUUCCUCAAAUGA